GGGGUGCUGGUCAGACAUGCCAGUGGCUGGUGGUUGUUUGAGGCCAGAUCUCCAGGAAGAGGUCCGAGCCGGAGACCAGUUCUGAGGAUAUUGUACAAGUUCAGGCAUCAAAUGAGAGGGGGACCAGUCUCUAGUUCAGGGUCUCUGCACGGCCAGCCAAUAGCUGUGACCCAAGACAUAUGGGGGCCCAAGCACAGGGUCUUCCCUAUUUUCUGAGCUAAGCAGCAGAGAAGGGGCAUUGGGAUGGUGGGCUGAGUCAUAGCCCCCCAACGAUGCCCACAGCCUAAUCCCAGAACCCCUGAACAGGGUACCUCACACGGCAACAACAGGUGUGAGGAAGGUGAGGCUCUCGGAAGGGGAGGUACCCUGAGUUACCAGGGGGGCCCAUGUGUCAUCGCAAGGGUCCUUAGAAGGGGGAAGGCAGGCGGGUCAGAGUGAGAAGGAGCCGGGAGGAUGGAGGGAAGGGAUCAUGAGCAAGGAGUGCGGCAGCCGGUAGAAAAGGAAAAACCUAAGGAAAUGGGUUCUCCCCCGAGCUUCCAGGAAACGCAGGUAACGGUAAGUCCGUGCUGUUUCAGUUCCCGACUUUGUGCUAAUCUGUGAGACAGCGAUAGGAAACGCAUUCAGGGCUCUAGGCCUUUCCUAAGUCUUCGGCCUCCAAGCAUUUUUGAUUACUCACCUGAGUAAAACUGUUUUGAUCAUUCCGCGUAUUUGUAUAUACACAUCGCUCCUAAAGCAGACAUUUAAAAGGGCAUUUCCUCACAGCCCCUGAGCCAGCUCACUCUGGAGACCUAGCCCCAGGCAGGCAAAGCCAGGCUUGAGCCCCCGGGAGCCUCUGGAAGUGAUGGUACCUUCUAGGAGGGAGGUGGGCCAGGUUCUGGGCCUGCCCUGCUGCUGGGCCAGCCUGGAGGCUCUGGCCUCUAGGAGUCGGAGCUGGCGGCUGUGGCCACGCCAUGAGUUGUGGCUUCGGGGCGGCUGGGCCCGGUUCACAAGGCUGACUCAGCCCAAGGUGGCCCUGCAGAGUGGCCUCUGAGGGAGGCUGGGCUGGCCGCUAGGGCCCAGGGUGGACCCAUGAGAGGCCCACCAGCACCUCAGAGCCUGGCUGGAGGGUGCUCACAGAUGCACUAACGGGUAGUUGACGGGGGUCCACAGGGCGGCAGGGGGUACAGGUAGAGGCAUGAGCCCAAGGCCUGGCUGUUCAGGAGCCAUUGGGUAGUAACGAAAGGCACCUGCAAGGACCAGAGGAUUCUCUUCCUAGAGGGGAGAGGGUGCAGAUGGGGUGAAAUCUAUUCAACGAACAUCUCAUCCGUUCCUCUGUCCAAGGCCUGGGAUGGGCCCUGGGAAUCAGCCAGGUGAACAGAAGGUCUCAGAGGGUCUGACAAGCUGUCCUGUGCCAAGGAAGGUCUGUGUGGCUUGGGACACAUUGAUCGGUCGGGGCACCCAGGCCCCCCCCUCCCCCCAAAUGCUUCUUAGUCGUAGCACCUCUCCUCUGUCCUGGAUGCUGGGUACAGGAAUCGGGGCCGAGAGGCCGCCCCAGAAAGGCUCGUGUGGGUGGAGGCACUCGUCAAAAACGAUGGCAAUAAAUUGAUGGAAAACUGGCUUUCCGUUGACAAACUCCCCAUUAACGCCAACCUCUCAGCUGUGAACUGUUGCGUAAGAACUGUCCCCUUGGGUUGUGCGCAGGUACCAGGGCCACAGGUUUUAAACUGAACCCCCAGUGGCUUUAACACCAGAUUCCCCCACGUUAUUUUUGUGCUGAAAUCAGAGCUGUUCCCGGGUGCAUUGGAGGCCGGGGUGCCGCUCCCCGCUCAUCUGAGCCCUGAGUCUGGCAGGAAAAGCGAAAGGCAGAGGCCUGGCCUGAGGGGACUGGCUGUUAGUACAGAGUCUCCUGCACCUUCCUCGGCGCUGAGCUCCCUGCUGCCACCCCCUGCUCCCUGCCAGGUGACUCCUCAGUCACCCCAGGCCCCAGGCCCAGACUCUGGGCCAGGAGUUGGAAUUGACCUGGACUCCGAGCUGGGCUGCAAUAUGAGCUCUCACCAGUAGGUGGUGCAUCCGGCCAGAUGCUACCACCUCUGCAUUUCUAGCACUGCUUGGUGCAGGCUGGGUGUUUGGGAAUUGUUGGGUGACUGCAAGAAGGAAUGAAUGAGGGAGUGAGACGGGAAGGACAGAGGCGGCAAGGGAACACAUCGUGCUCCAGCAUGAAGGUUCGCUGGGUUUGAGGCAUUAUAUUCUAGAUGAUGAAUCAGUCCGGAGGGUACCAGAUAGUACCUUCCAUGGGGGGCGACCUGACUCCCUGUCCAGGGAACAGGGCAUGCAGGACCCCGGUAACGUCUCACACAUGUCUCUUGGGGAAGAUGACAGUCGCGAUGUCAGAUAACUCGCAGUUCAGAGGCUUUGAACUUGGUGAGGGCCCAUCAGUUGCUUUUGAAAGUGUCCCCCUUUGCUUCUUUUGCUUUCAGACUGAAACAUCUUUCCACCUAAUAUCAGAGAAAUGUGACAUUCUCUCAAUUCUCCGGGAUCAUCCUGAAAACAGGAUUUACCAGAGGAAAAUCCAGGAACUCAGCAAAAGGUUCAUCGCCAUCCGCAAGACCAAGGGGGAUGGGAACUGCUUCUACCGGGCUCUGGGCUAUUCCUACCUGGAGUCGCUGCUGGGGAAGGGCAGAGAGGUCCUCAAGUUCAAAGAGCGGGUACUGCAGACCCCAAAUGACCUUCUGACUGCUGGCUUUGAGGAGCACAAGUUCCGAAACUUCUUUAAUGCUUUUUACAGUGUGGUGGAGCUGGUGGAGAAGGACGGCUCGGUGGCCAGCCUGCUGAAGGUGUUCAACGACCAGAGCGCCUCCGACAGAAUCGUGCAGUUCCUGCGCCUGCUCACCUCCGCCUUCAUCAGGAACCGCGCAGACUUCUUCCGGCACUUCAUCGACGAGGAGAUGGACAUCAAAGACUUCUGCACUCACGAAGUGGAGCCCAUGGCCAUGGAGUGUGACCACAUCCAGAUCACGGCCCUGUCCCAGGCGCUGAGCAUCGCCCUGCAGGUGGAGUACGUGGACGAGAUGGACACGGCCCUGAACCACCACGUGUUCCCCGAGGCUGCCAUCCCUUCCGUUUACCUGCUCUAUAAAACUUCCCACUACAACAUCCUCUAUGCAGCCGAUAAACGUGAUUAAUUUUAGGCCA